AUGAAUUGUCAGAUUCUUGAUAUCCCAAAAGGUGGGUUUGUAUAUGAUAAUUGCAUCAGAAAUGAGCAGUUAAAUAAGUUAUCAAAUAUGCCAACCAAAAUGACAAAGACCGGGACCACACUUGCUGCAGUGAUUUAUGCUGAUGGCAUUGUACUUGGUGCUGAUACCAGAGCAACUGAAGGUUCAAUUGUGGCAGAUAAAUCUUGUGAAAAGAUUCACUUUAUCGCCGAUAAUAUCUAUUGUUGCGGUGCAGGUACUGCCGCAGAUGCUCAUAUGGUUACUCGAAUGAUUUCUUCUCAAAUUGAACUCCACAGAUUGAAUACUGGCCGUAAGCCACGUGUGAUCGCGGCCCUGCGCUUAAUCAAACAACAUCUAUUCAAAUACCAGGGUCAUGUUGGUGCUGCUUUUAUUUUGGGUGGUGUCGAUAAUUUUGGACCUCAUCUUUACGGUAUUUAUCCCUAUGGAUCUAGUGACAGACUCCCUUAUACCGCAAUGGGCAGUGGUUGUCUCGCUGCCAUGUCCGUUCUCGAGACUAACUUCCGACCGAACAUGAACAAAAAGGAGGCUAUGGAACUCGUCAGGCAAGCUAUUCUAGCUGGCGUGUUCAAUGACUUAUACUCUGGAACUGGAGUUGAUCUUUGUGUAAUAACAAACAAAGAAACAGAGUACCUUAGGCACUUCGACGUCGCUACGGAAAAGGGAGUGCGGAGUUUGAGCUAUCUUCCCAGAGCUGGUACUACCAAGGUAAAUAAGACUGAAGUCAAGAAAAUCGAGUAUGACGUUGUUUCAACUCGCGUUAUAAGAGACAUACAAGAACCUGAACCGAUGAUGAUGUGA